AUGAACUCACCUAAUAUGAGAUCUGAGCAACUAACUCCAAAAAUGUCGCCCAUUUCAUUAUGUUUAGACGAUCCCAAGAAUAGUUCUGCCUUUCAAUCGUUAUUAGCAUCUCCUACAAAAUUGAAUUUAGAUAAUACAAGUGGAUUCUAUUCAACAUCCUUAUCGAAAUUGAAUGAUUAUGCUAGAUCAGGUCGUUCUAGAGAAAGGAGAGAUUCCGAAACUUUUAGAUCAAUAUCACCUAUUAGGUUCAAUCUAGCCACUUCAAAUAACAACAAUAAUGCUUUGGGACCUAAAAUGUUAAAAUCUGAAUAUUUAACACAAAAGAAAACAAACUUACCAUUAUUAUCUACUCUAUUGAAAUCUGCUGCGUCAACAAAGGACACUAAUCGUAAAUCUGCAACGACGAAUGCAACUUCAUCAUCAUCGAUUAAUAUUACAGAUAAUUCAAUGUUAAUUAGAGAGACUUUAGAUCAAAUUCAACAACAACAGAAAAAUUUACAAAAAUUCAACAAAACAAAAACAAAAACAUCUAAGACUACCAAAAAGACUGUAGAAACACAAUUAUCUGAUACAAAUGAAAUGAAUAUCAAAGAAAAUACCACAACAGAACCGGUUAUUUCAAAUAAAUUAGCCGAAUUAUCUCUAAGAAGUAACUCGAUUGUAAGUGGAGGGUCAACAUUAGAAAAUGAAUACAGUGGUGAAAUAGAAGUCAAGAAAAGAAAUGAAAGGGAAAAAGAUAUAUCUUUCGAGAAGGAUAGAGUUGUGUCGAAUACAUCCACAAUGUUCCAUUCUCAAAUUCAGAAUAAUGAUACAUCUACCGACUUUUCAUCCUUGAAUGUGGAAAGUUUCCCAAUUGAUAAAAAUGGGUUUAUUGAUAUGAAUACACAUCAAAAAUAUUCUAGAAAUCCACAUAAUAUUAGUUCAAAUGGAGGUAACAUUAAUUCCCCUACAUUGAACAACAAACAAAAUAACAGAUUUAGUUUUAUUUCUUCAACAUCAACUGAUUAUGAAUUUUUAUUUGAUCAACAAGCUGUACCAAACGUCCACGGACCUCAAACAAUAAAUUCACAGCAACCACCACCAAAUCAUCAUCAACCUCAAUUUCCUUAUUCACAAUCUUCAGUAUCUAACUCAAACUCUAAUGUUAGAUCUGCACAAGAAAUGGAAACAUCCAAAUUAGACUUGAAAAUUAAGUACUUAGAAAUUGAAAUCCAGGAAUUGAAAUUACAAAAUGAAAAAUUGGUGAAUUCUAUGAAUGUUAACCGUACUACUGAAGACAACCUUUUGAUUGAGCUAUUGAGACAAAAGACAGGUGUAUCUGAGGAAAAUUCUAUAGCAGAUUCCAACUCAGAAUUCGGUUCUACCACGACGAGAAAGAAUAGAUCGAUGGAAAAGAAAGUUAAAAUGUUGGAAAAGAAAUUUGAGGAUUACAAGAAAGUCUUGGAGAAAUUGAAUUAUAUUGACCAAAAUAUGUCAAUCGAGGAUUCAACUCCAGUAGAUAUUCCUGACUUCAAAAGAAGAACAAGAAAAUCUAAAAGAAAUACGCUCAGAUUACCAAAAGUCUCUAGAAUCUCCAGAAUUUCCAGCAUUGACUUAAGGAGGAUAGAAGAAAAUUCUGAUUACUCCAGCUUAGUUAUUUCAUCUAAAAAUAACGUAUCAUCAAAUGAAGAAGAUUUAAUUGAUGAAUAUGAGGAAGGUUGCUUUGAUAAUUCGGAUUUAGACGAAGGGGAUGCCCUAGAAUACGAAGCUGACGAUGAGAAGGAAAGUCACCCAUUGAACAGAUCUAUUCAAUUAAUCAAGAAGAAUUCUAAAAGGGGUUUACAACUUCAUCUUCCAAUCCAGAAAUGA